AUGGCAAUCUCAUCUCUUAUCAUCGGGUAUUUGGUCUCCCCAUGGAUCCUCACUACGAUUCCAUUGUGGCUAGUGUUGUACUACAUAGUUCCAUAUUUUACCACGUUCAGCAGCCUAGCGGGCGUCCCAGGCCCCUUCCUCGCUAAAUUCAGCAAUCUAUGGGUCGCUUUCGGUGCUCGACGAGGCAAGAAAUUCGAGAUCGUAGACAAGGCUCACCGCAAAUACGGCAACGUUGUUCGCAUCGGUUAUAAUCAUGUCUCUAUUGCUGACGAGCGUGGCCUCAAUGUCGUCUACGGCCAUGGGAACGGCUUCUUGAAAGACCAUUACUAUGAAGCAUUCGUCGCGAAAACCCCUGGCAUGUUCAACGUUCGCGACCGGGCUGAACACACUCGCAAGCGCAAGAUCAUCGCCCACGCCUUCUCUCCCAGAUCGGUUGCCGAAUUCGAGCCUCACAUGACGGCAAAUCUGGAAAGAUGGGUGAAACAGCUGGACUUGAUUGCUGCCAAAGCGCCUCCGGCCGAAAAGUAUAGUAAAUUCAACGCCAUGCCCUGGUUCAGUUAUCUUGCUUUCGAUAUUAUCGGCGACCUGGCAUUUGGAUCGCCAUUUGGAAUGGUGAACAAGGGCAAGGAUGAAGCCGAGAGUCAACUUGUGUUGAACCGACGAGGCGAAAUCUCCUCUACCCUCGGUCUUCUCCCAGCGCUCCGUCCCAUCGCCAGAUACCUACCUGACCCCUUCUUCUCCAAGGGCGUUGCUGCAGUAGAGAACCUGACCGGCAUUGCAAUCGCUGCGGUCGCCGCUCGACUUGAUGCGGUCGGUAAAGACGAUGCGGCAGAGCGGAAUGAUAUUCUCGCUCGUUUGAUCCAAGCGCGAGAUGCCAAAGGGGAGCCUAUGGGUCGAGAGGAGCUCGUAGCCGAGGCACUGACCCAGUUGAUUGCUGGCUCAGACACAAUCUCCAACACGGCUUGUGCUUGUUUUUACUGGAUUCUAGCCGGCGAACGCGCUAACCCCGGCCAGAUCAUUCCGCGUCUCCAGAAGGAGCUGGACCAUUCCAUUGGCACGACCUCAGAUAUCGCCGCUUACUCUCAAGUCCGUGACCUGCCUUUUCUGCGGCGUUGCAUUGAUGAAGCUAUGCGUCUUCACUCAACAUCAGCACUGGGGCUCCCUCGUCUUGUGGCCGAAGGCCCAGAUGUUGAAUUUGACGGGUACUACUUCCCCCUGGGACCGUUCUCUCCGUUCCGUCAUAUACAAUUCACCACAUGGCUGAGAUAUGGGCGCUGGCUCAGCCUCACGCCACGACAGAAGACCUGCUUUAACCCAUUCUCGUACGGCCCGCGUGCCUGUGUUGGCCAGAAUGUCGCGAUAAUGGAACUUCAACUGAUAAUUGGCACACUGUUCCACCGUUAUGACUUUUGUCUGUUUCAGCAGAAGAUGGAGUCACACGAGGGGUUUUCCAAGAAGCCAAGGGAAUGUUUUGCUGGGAUUCAGCGGAGGGGUAUCGUCUGA